AAAAAAUUUUCACUCUGCGCCAUCUAUCGCCAGCUGUUAAAUUUCAGCUACUCCCACUUUUACAACCUCAAGCUCUUUUUCCUUCUGUUUUUGACGAUUGUCGGACGAAGCCAAUAAAUUUAAUUAAAAAUGGCUAAGCGUACCAAGAAGGUUGGAAUCACCGGGAAAUAUGGGACCCGUUAUGGUGCUUCCCUCAGGAAGAUGGUGAAAAAAAUGGAAAUCACCCAGCACAGUAAAUACACUUGCACAUUCUGCGGCAAGGAUGCCAUGAAACGCAGUGUAGUCGGUAUCUGGUCCUGCAAAAGGUGCAAGAGAACCGUAGCUGGAGGUGCUUGGGUCUACUCAACAACCGCAGCUGCUUCUGUCAGAUCAGCAGUCAGAAGAUUGCGUGAAGUUAAGGAACAAUAAGUUCUUUGUAAUUUAAAUAAAAAUAUAUCAAUUUAACUUCAA